GCUGACGGCCAGUCGCCGCUCGGGUCCGGCCGCGGCCCGCGCCAGUCGUCGUGUGAAGCCCGUGUGGACGGUGGGGCGUUAGUGAGCGAUUCAUCCAGACGACACGGAUCGAGCGACAGUGAACGGGACCGGAGCCGCCAGUGAGUCACCCCCCGCCGACGAGUGGCCUGCGGUCGGCCGGCGACCCAAUCUGACGGGCUGCCACCAGCGCGGCGCCCUCUAAGUGACAUGAAGACGCGACACAGAGCCACUCUGAUUGCCCUGCUGGCCGCUGCUGUCGGCUGUGGGGGGUUCAACCUGGAUACGAAACACCCGGUGAUCCUACUGGGACCGAUCGCCGGCGGCGGAGUGGACAGGGGCCAGUCGUACUUUGGCUACUCGGUCGGCCUCACCACCGCCCCCAACGCGGGCUCAUGGGUGCUGGUCGGGGCGCCGCGGGCGAACUCGACUCUGGGUCUGCACGACAUCCCCAGUACGGGCGCCAUGUACAAAUGCAGCCUGGUCGAGGGCAAGUGUGAGGAAGUCAUCACAGACACCACAGGUGACGAGGUGACCCGUCAGCCUCCGAACAGCUACCGAGACUACAAGCAGGGCGCAUGGAUCGGCGGCGCCAUGGACGCCAACCCAUCUGCUGGUGACAAAGUGGCGGUAUGUGGCCAUCGCUGGAUUAACCAAUACCGAACCAAGAACCAUUUCGGUAACGGAGUCUGCUACUGGAUGGAGAGUGACGUUCCCGACUAUCUGUCGCACAAAGUCCUGCCGCUGAUUUCGAACGGGAUGCAGACUCUGAAGGAGCGGGACAAGGAGAGCUUCCUCUACGCCUAUGGACAGGCCGGCAUCUCCGUCCACUUCGCCAAGAACGGCUCCGAGCUGCUGAUGGGCGCUCCGGGCAUCUACAACUGGAAGGGCUCCGUGGUGCGUCUGGCCGACUCGGAGGGUUUCAGUCCCAGUCCGAACGUGCGCCGCCGGCGCGCCGUCGAGCCGCCGCUCGACCUCAGCGUGUACCGCGUGCCCAACCCGUACCUGACUGCCGCCGUGCACGAGAACGACUACUUCGGGUAUUCGGUCAGCUCUGGAGAGUUUCUGGGAGACGGGCAAACGUACUACGUGGCGGGAGCCCCCCGCGCCGCUCUCGGCAAUGGAAAGGUAUUUGUGUUUGACUUCCCUCCGAACGAGCUGGAGGGUAUCGGCGUGGUGCUGGAGCGCGUCGGCUCCCAGGUGGGCUCCUAUUUCGGCGCUGCGGUGCUCGGUCUGGACGUGUCCGGGGACGGCCGGCCCGAGCUGCUGGUCGGCGCUCCCCUGCACUCGCAGGGCAGCGGCGCCGGGGCGCCGGCCGGUCUCGAGGAGGGCAGGGUGUGCCUCUAUCAGAACCUGGGCCGCGGUCAGCUCAGCGAACAGCCGCUGGUGCUGGCCGGCAGCCGCGCGCCGCGCGCCCGCUUCGGAUCGGCUGUCGCCAGCGUCGGAGAUCUGGAUCAGGACGGAUACAACGACAUCGCCAUCGGUGCACCGUACGAGGACGACCAGCGCGGCGCCAUCUACAUCUACCUGGGCGGCGCCGGCGGCCUGUCGCCCACCUACAGUCAGCGUAUCGGCGCCGCCGAGCUGAGCGGAGAGCUGAGGGGAUUCGGCGUCAGUCUGUCGCACGGGCUGGACAUGGACAACAACCGGUACUCUGACGUGGCGGUGGGCUCGUACCUGAGCGGCGAGGCGGUGCUGCUGCGCGCCCAGCCGGUGGUCCGGUUCCACGCCCACCUCUCGUCGAGCACCGACCGGCUGCAGCCGACCGACCGGCAGUUUCGCAUCACCGCCUGCAUCAAGUAUUUCGGCAAACACCUGCCCGAACAGCUGCCUACUGAGGUGCUCAUGAAGAUCGAAUCGCGGCACGUGUUGUGUGCGUUCGACCUGUCCGGCGGAUCACGCGACAACUUUACCUACACGCGUAUGCUGACCUACGAAAGCUACAGCUGCGACGACUUCACCGUGCUGAUCAAGUCGGACAUCCACGACUACACGCAGCCGAUCCAGCUGAGUAUGAGCUACAACAUCUCGUCAGAGGACGGCACCGUGGAGGAGCACUCCCGCCCGUCGACACCAGUCACCAUCGGAACAGACCUCUCCAAACGGGCGGAGCGCAGCAAACGACAGGCCUCGUCUCUGAUGACGGGCGACCUGUCAGAGUUUUGCGCCACCUGCCCGGUGGUGAACCGUCUGGGCGCUGGUCAGACCCAGGUGCGGCUCAGCGUGCCGUUCUCGAUCGGAUGCGGUGCUGACGCCGUCUGUCAGUCGGACCUGAGCGUCAGCGCGGCCGUCAGCGGGCUGCGCGAGGGAGCUGCCUUCGUCAUCGGCGCCUCGCCCACCAUCGAGCUGGACGUGAACGUGACCAACGCCGGCGAGCCGGCCUCGCUGCCCAGCGUACAGGUGAAGCUGCCGCCGCCAAUCCGCCUCGUGCGCGUACCACAGCUGUGUUCAGAACGCGAGACAUCGGAGCACGUAGUCCUCACGUGUCAUAUCCGACCGCACCCGUUCCCGGCCGGUGCCGAGGGCCGGAUACGGCUCUCACUGGACGUCCAGGAGCUGGCGCCGGGCACCGAGAGUCUCACCGUGCAGCUGAACGUCACGUCGGCAGGAGAGGAGCUGGCGGCCGUCGAUAACGUGCGGAACUUCCGGCUGAACCUGCGCACCGAGGCGGACAUUGCCGUGACUGGCCAGCCGCUGGAGGAGCCGCCGCUCUACUACGACAAGAAGGCCGACCGGGACGAGUCGGAGCGCAACGAUCCCAACUACGUGAUCGUCUCGCACCGGUACCAGGUGCUGCGCUACCUGCCCUCCCCCGUGCAGGCGGUCAACGUCAGCUUCCUGGUGCCGGUGAACGUGACGGACGCGGCGGGGAGGCAGAUCCGCGUGGUGGACGUGUACCGGCCGGUGGCGUCUGUGGAGGGCCGGCCGCUGGCCUGCACCAGUCAGACGGGCUACUUCUUGGCCUCGGACGGCAACAGUUACGUGGAGUCUGCGCGCACCUGGCGCCGCCGGUACCAGCUGACUGACGAGCAGCGCCGCCUGCUGGCGCCCACCGAGUACCGCCACGAGGGCAACCUCACCACCGUGCUCAACUGCACGCAGCCGUUCGUCUCGUGUGCCUGGAUCGAGUGCGGCACCGUGGCGUUCCCGCGGCCCGACACCAGUGUGGUGGUCACGCUCUCCAUGCGCGCCAAGAUACAUGAGCUCGGCAACUUUAUCCCAUGCGUGCUGCUCUCUUGGAGCGGCACUGCUGCUCCCCAAGGAGCACACCAGUAG